ACGCCUUCUUGGCUGCCGGUCCGGUCAGUCCCAUCACUUGACUCAAACCGCAGGCGUAAUUGUCGAGGAAACAACGGGUCAAAAGGUAAUUUCGAACUCGGACUGGAGGCCCGGAGGGCGAUUCGAGCGAUUGGAGAAUGGAAGUCAGCGAAUUAGUUUGAAUUCAACGCGCUUCUAAGCAGUUGUAAACGCAGUGAGAGUUUUUAAGUUAAAAAGCGCGUGGUCCCACAACGAGAGUAUGGAUACUACACUCUCUCUAUCUUCCCUUUUCCCGUUUUUUCCCUUCAUUUUUCCUCCUCGUCUUCGUCUUUCUUCUUCGCUUGCUUCUCUUUCUCCUUUUCCUUUUUUUUUUUUCUCGAGCUUUUUUCAGUGACUCCGAUCGGCUGGCCUCUGGCUCUGCUCAGCUCGAAAGUUCCUAAGAAUGGGAAAUUGCUGCUCCGACGACGGCGGCGGAAGGUCGGCGGUGGGCGGCACAUCCGCUUCUCAACAUGAUCAUAACGACGCCGUGAAUUUAUUCCUCAAGUCUCGCGGCUACCGCGGCCUUUUUGUUCAGAUCGAGCUAUCAUUGUCUGCUUCAAACUUGCGUGAUCGGGAUGUGCUCUCCAAGAGUGACCCCAUGGCAGUUGUCUAUACAAAAUCAAAAGAUGGAGCUCUUGAAGAGCUGGGCCGUACUGAAGUGGUGUUGAAUUCAUUGAAUCCCAUGUGGUUCACGAAACUUAUUAUUAAUUAUCAGUUUGAAGUUGUGCAGACCUUGGUGUUUCGGGUGUAUGAUGUUGACACUCAGUUUCACAAUGUAGAUGUAAAGAUGCUUAAGCUGGAUGAGCAGCAGUUUCUUGGUGAGGCUACUUGUUCAUUGUCUGAGAUAGUUUCCAAGUCAAACAGGUCUUUGACCUUAGAUCUUGUACAUAGAGAAGAAUCUAUCAAAUCAACCCGUUCACAAAACUUAGGAGAGCUUACUGUUCAUGCUGAGGAAUUGAGUAGUUCAAAGAUCGCAAUGGAGAUAAUAUUCAGGUGUUCAGAUUUGGAAUAUAAGGAUCUCUUCUCAAGAAGUGACCCCUUUCUAGUAAUAUCAAAGAUUGUCGAGGGUGGGAUCUCUAUCCCAAUUUGCAAGACAGAAGUCAUAAAGAAUGAUCUCAAACCAAAAUGGAAAUCAGUAUUUCUGAAUAUUCAACAAGUUGGAAGCAAGGACAAUCCGUUAACAAUAGAGUGCUUUAACUUCAAUAGCAAUGGAAAACAUGAUUUAAUUGGGAAAAUUCAAAAAUCGCUUGCAGACUUGGAAAAGCUCCAUUCUAGUGGGCAGGGAGAGAAUUUUUUUUUACCAACUGCUGUUGGAAACAAUCACCACAACAAGGUGUUAAAGAGUCAGUUAUUUGUGGAGUACUUUUCUGAGACUGUCGAACACACUUUUCUGGAUUACUUGGCUGGUGGAUGUGAACUGAACUUCAUGGUAGCUAUUGAUUUCACAGCUUCAAAUGGAAAUCCUCGCCUCCCUGAUUCCUUGCAUUAUAUUGACCCCUCAGGCCGGCCAAAUGCAUAUCAGAGAGCAAUAUUAGAGGUUGGAGAAGUGUUACAGUUUUAUGAUUCAGACAAGCGCUUUCCUGCCUGGGGUUUUGGAGCACGGCCAAUUGAUGGUCCUGUCUCUCAUUGUUUCAAUUUGAACGGAAGCAGUAAUUACUGUGAGGUUGAUGGAAUUCAAGGAAUUAUGAUGGCGUAUACAAGUGCUCUCUUUAAUGUUUCUCUUGCAGGGCCGACCCUUUUUGGACCUGUGAUUACCAGUGCUGCGCAGAUUGCCAGCCAGUCACUUAUAAAUGGUCGACAAAAAUACUAUGUUUUGUUAAUAAUCACAGAUGGAGUGAUAACUGAUCUCCAAGAAACCAAAGAUGCCCUUGUGAAGGCAUCUGACUUGCCAUUGUCAAUUUUCAUUCUUGGAGUUGGAGGAGCUGACUUUAAGGAGAUGGAGGUCUUAGAUGCAGAUAAAGGAGAGAGACUGGAAAGUUCAAAUGGACGUGUUGCAUCGCGCGAUAUAGUCCAGUUUGUUCCAUUUCGUGAUGUGCACAGUGGAGAGAUCUCUGUCGUUCAAGCCCUUCUCGCAGAAUUACCUACUCAUUUUUUAACCUACAUGCGAACAAGAAAUAUUCUUCCAAAUUCCUGAUCAUAGAAACAAGUGUACAUAAAAAAAUCAAUUUUCUAUUAUUGGUUCACACGCCUUUUGUUUAGGUUUCACCUUGAUUUCUUGGUCUCCAACUAGGCCUGCAACAGGUUUAUCAUCUAGGGUUCCCCCCUGGUCAAAGCUCUUGGGCCUUGGCAUGACUCUUAUGAUGGCCAAAACGGGAAAAGGAGUGCAAGGACAAGUUACUGAAGAAGCAUUUGAAGUGAAUUAAACGAUGGAGUACUAUCAAAAUCAAAUGGGUGAAGAAUCUAUGAUAGGAAAGAAAGUGGAUGGUUGUUUAGGAAAUGAAAAAGAAGGCAAAAAUCUGAAGGGGUUCUUGGAGGGACUCGUGUGAUACAAAUCACCAAGUCUUAAUGGGUAUGAAGACGAUUGCAGUUGUGUGUGAAGUCUAAAUUCCUUGGUGCAUUAUUAAACAUUUUGAGCUUAGUAUAUAUUACGAGUUCAUAUUCUAUUUGUAUACACUUUUGGAAAAUUUGAUAGCUAAACGUGAUACUGUAGCUUUGAUUAUUCAGAGGUCUCCAAUUUGCCUUAUGGCCCUCAUUUAUUUAUCUCAUGUUGAUUUGUGUGA